AUGGCGUGCCCGGCAGGUUACGGCUCCAUGACACGGCCUACUACAGGCGCCCAUGAGGAACCGCACAUUUUCGAGACCAUCGCGGAGCCACACGAGCUCAAGAACUUUGUCCACGACGCCAUCUACCUGACAGGCGGGCAGUUCGCCAUCUUGUGCCAGUUUGCGCACCCGGGGCUGGCCGAAGGCUCGUACAAGCAGUCCAACUUUGCGAAUCGCAUCAUGAACCGGCUCAAGACGACGGCGCGUUUCCUCAACGCUGCCGUCAUCGGCACGCAGGCCGAGAAGGAGGCCAUCUUCAGCGUCAUCCACAACGCGCACGCCGACGUCAAGGGCGAGUCAUACUACGCCGACGACCCAGAGCUACACAAGUGGACCGCCGCCACGCUCUUCGUCUCUCUCGUCGUCGUGCAUGAUACGUUCUUCGGCAAGAUGUCGCGCGAGACGCAGGAGCGCCUGUUCAAGGAGUCGGCCGUGUACGGCACCUCGCUGCGCAUGCCGCCAGACAUGUGGCCCGAGACGCUCGACGAGUUCUGGGCCUACUGGGACCACAACAUCCAGAGCCUCGAGGUGACCGACUGGGCGCGCAGCCUGUGCCGCGACCUCCUCUGGCCCAAGAAGAUGCCCGUCUACCUACUGCCCAGCCUGCCCAUAGCCCGCGUCCUCACCAUGCACUGGCUUCCUGAACGGUUGCAGCGCGAGUAUAACCUCAAGAUCACGUCCUUGAAUACAGCCGUCUUCCGCACCUUUGUGACGAGCACGGCGUUCGUCUACCCCAUGAUUCCCAGGGCGAUCAAGUCUAUCCCGGCAAAGUGGUACAUAAAGGAUAUGAAGAAGGCCGUCAAGAGGAUUGAGGAAACAGGGUCGUGGUAUGACCAGAAGGGAAGGACUUAG